AGAGCUUGAAAUUCUUCCAAUCUCCGAUGUUACUCAACGCAUGAGUUUACUUCUGAAAACAUUUGGUUGCUGGAAAAUGGACGGUCUGGGUUGCACUGCUGGUACCACCACCGCUUCUCUUUCGAAGAAUUGUUUGCUGCUUUCUUCAGUAUCAGCAUCAAAGGCAAAGGUGAGAAGAAGACCGGCGGGAAACAUUUCUUUCACCAGAAAAACAAGUAAAUUCAGGGUUUGGGCAGAAAAAGAAGAACCAAAGCUCGAUAAAUGGGACCAAAUGGAGCUCAAGUUUGGCCGCUUGAUUGGGGAAGAUCCCAAGCUCACCCUAGCUAAGAUAAUGGGUAGAAAAGUUAAUCCAGAAGCAUCUUAUCUGGAAAUUGAGAAAUCAUUUUACAAGAACAAGGGGAAAGAAGUGGAAAUUAAGGAAGUUCCAUUUGAUGUUUCUAAGGAAAAGAAAUCAUCUGGUUCAUCAGAUGGUUUGAAUUUGGUUCGUCCUGUUCCAAAGAAAGGAUUUGAGUAUGAAGCUGAUGAUAAGCCAGAAGUGUCUAAAUUAGAGAAACCAACUCAAUCAGAUGGGACGAUGGUGGAUGGUGCAAGGAAAGGUAUGGUUCCAAAUGUUAUUUUGAGAAAGCCAACCGUGUUUAAUGAGGAUGAUGUUGAAGAUAAGAGACCCCGAUAUAGGGUUAAACCAAAUUUGUCUUUGAAAAUGUGGAAGGAACAAGAAAGCGAGAAAUUUAGUGACAUAACAUUGUUGAAAAAGCCAGAACUGAUGAGUGCGGAUUUGAAUAUUGAUAAAAAGCAGGAGUCUUUGUAUGGUGAUGUAGAAGCUGAAGUUAAUGAAGAUGACAUUGGGUUGAAAAGAGAUGAAGAAGGAGGAAAUGUGGUUGGUGGCUUUACAUUAUUAGAAAAGCCAGAACCAAGAGGUUCUGAGACAAAGUUUGGUGAAAAAGAAGAGCAAUUUGAAGAUGCAGAAAUGAAACCUGACACUGCAGCAGAGUACAAUUUUCAGGAACCCAUAGAAGCCAUAGGUGUCUCAGUUGUGAAGAAAGGAACGCAGCAGCAUGAGCAGAGCGAUAGUGACUGGGCUAGAGCGGAAAGUCUACUUAAGACUGGAGAGAGGACAGAAGUGGAGUUUAUAAGCUCUAGUACCAGAGGUUUUGUUGUAUCAUUUGGCUCCUUGAUUGGAUUUUUACCUUACCGCAACCUGGCAAGUAGAUGGAAAUUCUUGGCUUUCGAGUCGUGGUUGCGGCAGAAGGGCUUAGAUCCAUCAAAAUUCAAGCAAAAUUUAGGUGUCAUUGGAAGUUAUGAUGUUAUGUACAGAAACUCCUCUCUUGAUUCAAGCAUAGAUACAAAAAAUGAUCCAAAGUUUGAGGCAAAAAUUUCACCAGAUAUGAAAUUGGAAGAUCUGCUUAGAAUUUAUGAUCAAGAGAAGCUUAAAUUCUUAUCAUCUUUUGUUGGUCAGAUAGUCAAAGCAAAUGUGGUCAUUGUUGAGAGGAGGUCAAGAAAACUGAUAUUUUCUUUGAGGCCAAAAGAAAAGGAGGAGUUUGUUGAAAAAAAGAGAAAUGUUAUGGCUAAACUUCGCGUAGGUGACGUUGUAAAAUGCUGUGUGAAGAAGAUUACUUAUUUUGGCAUCUUUGUUGAGGUUGAAGGCGUGCCUGCGCUGAUUCACCAGAGUGAAGUAUCGUGGGAUACAACCUUGGACCCUGCAUCAUUUUUCAAAGUUGGUCAGAUUUUGGAGGCAAAAGUCCACCAAUUGGAUUUUGCUCUUGAACGUAUAUUUUUAUCAUUGAAGGAGAUAAUGCCAGAUCCACUCAUUGAGACCUUGGAGUCUGUGGUUGGAGGUCAUGUUAAGCUAGAUGGAAGAUUAGAAGCAGCACAAGCAGAUACUGAGUGGCCUGAUGUAGAAUCACUUAUCAAAGAACUGCAACAGAUUGUAGGUAUCCAAUCAGUUUUGAAAGGUCGAUUUUUCUUGAGUCCAGGUUUAGCUCCAACAUUUCAGGUCUACAUGGCGUCCACGUUUGAAAAUCAAUACAAGUUACUUGCUCGAUCUGGAAACAAAGUGCAAGAGGUCAUAGUUGAAGCAUCAUUGAGUAAAGAAGAGAUGAAAUCUACAAUUUUAUCAUGCACCAAUAGAGUGGAAUAGCUAGCCUGUUCUGUGGCUCUCUUGAUCAGUUCAGCUCAGCCUAUUAGGAUCAAGCUCCCAUAGCAACCUUGGAGGAGAUUAGAACCCGACUGAUCCAUGAUUCGGCAUCUAGAGAUGAAAAAACCGUGCUCCAUCUUCCUUGGAGAAAUGGCAAAGAACAUUUCACUCAAAAUUUUAUUUCAAUAAUUCUUUUAUUACCCCCACAUUGUCAAGUUUUUGCAAAUUCUUUCCGGCUAGUGUACAUGUAGAAAAUUUCAAGUGAAUGUUUAUGUUAUCUCUACAAUAAUUGUUGGACAGAUAUGACUGAGGAUCCUUCCAAAUCAAAACCAAAAGGGUCAAUAUGGUCAUUAAUGCGUCCAUGUAUAAAAGAAGAGGUUGCUGUCCAUUGAUGCAAGGAUAUGCCUCCAAUCGUCAAUGGCUAUGAAAAAUGUGGUUAUAAAAAAUGUAAUCCGUGUAGGAUGGAUUGCUUGUAAGAUAUUUUGACAAAAUACUAUUAAAAUAAAAUGAAAAUGUUUUA